AUGGCCGAGCCCGGUGAUCCAGGAUGGAAAUGGUUCCCCAAUGUCAAAAGCAGUUGGUCGCUGGACGUCGUGACGCUUCUCGCCGUAAUUGGCGAGUCGUCCAUGACUGAGCAUUCUCAGACCAUCACGGCAUCUCUGCUAUGCCUCCUCCCCCGACUCAUCCCCGCGCCUCAGGCUCUUCUCAAACCUUCUCGCCCAGGUCGAAUGCCUGAAACAUUGGCAAAAAUGACGGGCGUCUACAGCGGGACGACGCUCGACUCUGUGGGGUUCUUUGCAACCAUCAUCACACCUCUGGAUGCGCUUCCUGCUUUCAGCUUCCGGGUACUGGAGAUCAAGCAUAGCGACCAAAGCCACUUUGGCGAUGUUGAGAUGCGAUUUCCCUCCCGUAAGGACAGUUGGUAUCGCCGAGGCCUUGACUUUAUACAACAACGGCGUUCGAGCUCAUUCAUAAAAGACAAUGAGUCUAAUGGCGGCCAGGAACUGCGGCCCAACCGCAUUCCUCGAUCUCCUGCGCUAGAAGAUGGUGGGCUCCCUCUCCCGGCAUCAGCAACCCCAACUCCAGCACGAAAAACUACAAUUCGACUUCCAGAGGACACUGCCCAAGACGAGAACUUUGCGCCCCCAAAGCCGCUUGCGCGCCGAGCCACAGCCAAAUCGGUGGUUCAGGAUAUGCUUGCGAACCCAACUUUUGCCAACACCAAGAAACGUCCUGCUGUCCCUGCCGAGCUUUUCUCACCAAUACACGUCCUUUCCGUCUUUUCCUGCUUUCUCAGUAUAGCUAUAUUGGGCUGCGCUAUUCAUUGGGAGGAUGGCAAUGCUAUUCUGGCUGUGUCUCUCAUAUCCUUUGCCUCUAGUGUGGUCGGAUAUGCUUCCUUCUGGCACCCCAUCCUCAUGAACCGCAAGCACACCAACGAAGUGCCUAGAGGCGAUGUCAUGAUCCGCACACGCGAGGGUGCUUUUAUCCUCAUCAAGUGCACAGAAGAGGUCGCCCGUGAGCUCUACUCAGGCACUGAAGAGUGCCAUUACCACGUUGGUGAUCGCAGCUAUCGACUCCUCAUGGCGCUUGGGACUACCCUGCUCAUGCUGAGCGUCGUUCUUCUUGGAAACUGCACAUGGAACUCACAGAUCUUCAUUGGUGGAUCGUACAUUGUUCUCAAUGGUCUCUAUUGGGGCCUAGGCAUGCUUCCUCCCUCAUACUUCUGGGACCUCUCGCGGUAUACUUGGAAGGAUGUUACUCGCGACGACGCUAAGGACGCCCACCUGAUCACGGAUUCCUCAGACCAGCGAGAAGGCUAUCCAAGCUACACACGCACUCUAUGGUACGCUAUUCGCGAGACCAGGCGUAUAGGUUGGGUUUCUCGGAGCGGAGCUGCUCCCGGGACGGAUCAGUGGAAGAAAUGGCUGGCAGAAGCCAUGGAGAAUGCCGGGAAAGGAAAGAGAGAUUGGGAAUCUGUUGCGAGGAAGGAUGUUAUCAUGAAGGAAAACCUCGGCGACGAAGAAUUUCUCGACGAAGCAGCUCAACAUGCACCAGCAACAGAGGUUCAGACCGCCAAGAGACGACACCACCAAGACUGGGACAAGGAUACGACGUUUUAG